AUGGACUCGGAUCAAGAAUCCAUCAACUCCUUCAACUCGCGCGACUCAUACACGCAGGUGCCCCAGACGUACGUGCCGUCGGACGCGACCAGCGCCCGGCGCGCGGGGCGCCGGUCGUCCGCGUCAGCUUCGUCCGCGGUCGGCUCCGACCGGCUCCGUCUGGUCCCUACAGAGACCGUGAAAUCGCUACAAGACAUGGGUGUGACACCCGAGGCGCCGCUGCCGGACGUCAACGCGCCCACGACUGGCAAGGGCGGCGCCGCCAUCUUCCCUGAGGAAUACACUCUGGAGACCGCCACGGGGCUGGUGCCCGUGGCAACGCUGCAAUCGCUGGGCCGGACGCAAUCCGCGGUGUCGCGGACGCGCACGCGCGUGAUGCGCGAGGGCGCGGCCGCGAGACGCCGCGGGUCCGAUGCCGGCUCCGAGAACGAACAGAAACUCACGCUUUCCGACCACGGGUCCAAGUCCGGGUCCGGAUCCGGCGAGGGCGAGGGCGAGGGCGCUGCCGCCGGCGCGCCCGAGCUAGACCCUGAGAUCGAGUUUGUGACGUUCGUGACAGGCGACCCCGAAAAUCCCCACAACUGGCCCCUGUGGCUGCGUUGGGUGUACACGAUCCUGCUGUCGAUCCUGGUCAUCGCGGUCGCGUACGGCUCCGCGUGCAUCACCGGUGGUCUGGGCACGGUGAGCGACAAGUUCCACGUGUCGCAGGAAGUGUCGAUUCUGACCUGUUCGUUAAUGGUGCUCGGUUUCUCGCUGGGUCCUCUGAUCUGGUCGCCCGUGUCGGACUUGCUCGGGCGCCGUGUCGCUUACUUCAUCUCGCUGGGUCUCUACGUCAUCUUCAACAUCCCCUGCGCGCUGGCGCCCAACAUCGGGUGCCUGCUCGCGUGCCGGUUCCUGUGCGGCGUGUGGUCGUCGUCCGGGCUGUGUCUCGUGGGCGGUUCGAUCGCAGACAUGUUCCCUCCCGAGACGCGUGGCCGUGCCAUCGCGUUCUUCGCGUACGCGCCCUACUGUGGGCCUGUGUUCGGCCCGCUCGUUAACGGGUUUAUCUCCGUGGCCACGAACCGCAUGGAUCUGAUCUUUUGGGUCAACAUGGCGUUCGCAGGCGUGAUGUGGAUCAUCGUGGCGCUCAUCCCCGAGACGUUCGCGCCCGUGAUCCUGAAGCGCCGUGCCGCGCGCCUGCGUAAGGAGACCGGCAACCCCAAGAUCAUGACCGAGCAGGAGGCCCAGGGCCUCAGUGUGCGCGAGAUGGUCCAGGAUUGUCUGCUGCGUCCACUGUACCUGGCCGUCACGGAGCCCGUGCUGGAUCUCAUGUGCUUCUACGUGUGCCUCAUCUACUCGCUGCUGUACGCGUUUUUCUUCGCGUACCCCGUCAUCUUCGGCGAGCUGUACGGCUACAAGGACAACCUGAUCGGCCUGAUGCUGAUUCCGAUCCUGAUCGGCGCGUCCGUCGCGUUGGCCACCACCACCUUCUGCGAGAACCAGUACAUCAAGAUCACGCGCCGCCGCAAACCCACGCCCGAGGACCGUCUGUUGGGCGCCAUGAUAGGCGCGCCCUUCGCGGCCAUCGCCCUGUGGAUCCUCGGUGCCACCGCCUACAAGCACAUCAUCUGGGUCGGGCCCGCGUCCUCGGGUCUGGCCUUCGGCUACGGCAUGGUGCUCAUCUACUACUCUCUGAACAACUACAUCAUCGACUGUUACGCGGUCUACGCGUCCAGUGCCCUGGCCACCAAGGUCUUCCUGCGUUCCGCGGGUGGAGCCGCCUUCCCGCUGUUCACGGAGCAGAUGUACCACAAGCUGGGCCUGCACUGGGCCAGUUGGUUGCUAGCCUUCAUCUCGACGGCCAUGGUCGCCAUUCCCUUUGCAUUCUUCCACUGGGGCAAGGACCUGCGCGCGAAGCUGUCCAAGAAGAACUAUGCCUUCUCCGGCAUGGAAUAG